GCUCCCUUUGUGUUGGGAUGGGAUAUUUGGCGCGACACACAACGUGCUGAAGAUGUGGCCAUGGCAGUCGUUGAGCAUUUAGAAGGAAACUUGAAAUUUUUCCUAGGAGAUCGUGAAGCCUUCAACUUGAUUUUUGCCGUUCUAGGACCGUGUGCUAAGAAAUUUCCAUCCGUAAAGAGUCGCCUGUCCACAUUCUCAGCUAAGGUGUUGAAAAGCGCAGCAACAUCCCCUGCUAUAGAAGGACAUCUGAGGCAGUAUGUGCCAAAUGCACCUGAGCUUACCGAUGAGGAGAUUCUUGAAGCGCUUUAUACGAAGAACAUUCCUGCUGGCUACAGUCGUGCAAUACUUCUCAACAAAUUUUUGCAACGACGCAUAGAGAUUUUCGCUCGUUCUAGUGAUCCCGCCGAAUUCGAUAACGAAAUGUUGGCCAUUUUUGGCGGGCCUGGCAUUGAAGAACUUGUCGCGCAAAUGCCUCGGCGAACACCGCUAAAAACAAUCGAACAAGUCUUCUUCAAGCUGUUAUCUGCCUUCAAUCCGAAGUAUAAUCCCCAUACUGUAUGCACAUUUUUCACUCUGAAUGCUAUCCGAGAGUUUUGUCGGGUGUGGUCUGCACCGCAAUGGGCGUGUCUUGCACGGUACUUGGUUGAGAUGGUAAUGCGUGAUCCACAACAAAUGAAAAUGGCUGUGGAUUUGAUUGAGCAUCUGGUUGAUAUGACCAGUGUGGAAGUAGCCAUACCUAUGGCUGAAGUGAUUGUUACCUUAGCCAGAUCGGAUCUUCCGGUAGACCAGAGAAGACAUGCUCAGAAUCUGUUGGACGAAAUUCAGAACAAGUAUCCAUGUUUGUUCGUGGAUAAACUGGCAAAUCGUGCAUCCAUACAAGGUGUGCGCUGGCGGCAACGAGACACUGACGGGCUCGUAACAACUCUAGUUGCUCAAGCGGUAGAUCCGGGAGUGACGGACUCGGUCGGUGCAGUGAAAACCCUUACUCAAUUUGUGGAGACUUACCCAAGGGUAAUGAUCCGGUAA